UCACACGGAAGCGGAGGCGCACGGGUCCCGGCAGCCCCGGCCUUCCAGCUCCGGCUCCGGCACAGAGACGGGGCUCGGGGGGCGCAUCUCUGCCCCGUCCUCCCUCCCCCCGUCAUGCAGGACAACGAAAUUAUCUUUCUGCCGCAGAGAGAAAGCUUCCAGCUGAUGGAUCUUGGAAGCCAGGACAGCGAAAUUAUGUUUCGGUCACGGAGUGAAAGCUUCCAGCUGAUGGAUCUUGGAAGCCAGGAGAAGUACGAUUUCGUCCUGGUCUCUGACCUCAGCAAGACCAGCGACAAGAAGGACGUCAAGAGGAGGAAGUAUUUCGAGGAGCUGAGCAGGAGGGGUUUCACCAUCAAGAAAAUUGAAGACCAGAACAAAAUGUUCUACGGCAUCCGGGCGGGCAACGGCCUCAUCCACCAGUACCAGGCCCUCCUCAAGCAGCCAAGCCGCGACCCCAAGACCCCCGGGCCGGGGGCCGGGGUGCCUGAGACCACCAGGAUCCGAAUCGUCAACUUCAUCCUGAGGAAGAUGGUGGUGGAGGAGGAGAGGCUAGAAGAUUUGAUCCAGCAACACGUCUUUGAGACCAAGUUCCCCCUGCACGAGAGGGAGAGAGGCCGGGCCAAGGGGUCCGGGCGGAAGCCGGACUGGUGCCGGGACCUGUUCUUCCCGCAGAAGAUCGACGACAUCAGGGACUACUUCGGGGAGAAGGUGGCUCUGUACUUCGCCUGGCUGGGCUGGUACACGCUCAUGCUGUUGCCCGCCGCCCUUGCCGGACUCAUCACCUUCUUCAGCGGCUUCUCCCUCUUCCACGCCAGCCAGAUCAGCAAAGAGAUCUGCCAGGCCACCGACAUCUUGAUGUGCCCGCUCUGCGACAAGAACUGCACGUACUGGCCGCUCUCGAACAUGUGCACCUUCUCCAAGAUCACCCACCUGUUCGACAACGAGGGCACCGUCGUCUUCGCCAUCCUCAUGGCUCUGUGGGCCACUGUGUUCCUGGAGCUGUGGAAACGGCAGCGGGCCAAAGACGUCUCCGGCUGGAACCUCUAUCUCUGGGACGAGGAUGAGGAGGAGCUGGCCCUGGAACUCAUCAACAGCUCCGACUACCAAGUGCCCGGAUACCAGCACUCCUACUUUCGCAGCUCUGUCGUCCUGCUCCUGUCCCUGUUCAUGAUCUGUGUGGCGAUCGCCAUCGCCCACGCGCUGGUCAUCUACCGCGUCCUGUUCGUCGCCUUCUUCAGCAACUCCCAGUGGAGCGUCCUGACGGGGGUCCAGGCCAACAACAUGGCCAUCGUCACCGGGGCCGUGGCCCACUACCUCAGCAUCGUCGUCAUGACCAAGGUGAACAGGCUGGUGGCUCUCAAGCUCUGUGACUACGAGAAGACGCGGACCUUCUCCGAGCGCGAGAAAAGCUUCACCGUCAAAUUCUUCACCUUCCAGUUCUUCACCCACUUCUCCUGCCUCAUCUACACCGCCUUCUUCUUGGGCAGGAUAAACGGUCGCCCCGGAAACUACGUGCGCAUCGCUGGCCAGUGGAGGCUGGAGGAGUGCCACCCGAGCGGCUGCAUGAUGGACCUGUUCGUGCAGAUGGCCGUCAUCAUGGGCUUCAAACAGACCCUGAACAACUGCGUCGAGUAUUUAGUCCCGUGGUUGAAACAACGCUUCCGGCAGCUCCGGGCGUACCCCCAGGGGAAGGGAAGCAGGGAAAUGGGCAAGGAGAGCGAGGCGGAAUCGUGCCGGGAGCAGUGGCUGGACAACUACAUUCUCAACGAAAUCAACGUCUUCAGCCUCUUCGACGAGUUCAUGGAGAUCAUGAUCCAGUACAGCUUCACCACCAUCUUCGUGGCCGCCUUCCCCCUGGCUCCACUGCUGGCCCUUCUCAAUAACCUCGUCGAGAUCCGGAUGGACGCCUUCAAGAUGAGCCGGCUCCAGAGGCGCCUCGUGCCCCGGAAGGCCAAGGACAUCGGGAUCUUGCUGCAGAUCCUGGAGGCCGUCGGGGUCCUGGCCGUCAUCGCCAACGGGCUGGUGAUCGCCUUCACUUCCGAGUUCAUCCCCCGCCUCGUCUACAAGUACCGCUACGGGCCGUGCCGGGACCGGUCCUCGGACAACUGCCUGAUGGGCUACGUCAAUCACAGUCUCUCCGUCUUCUACAUCAAAGACCUCCUGGACUUCAAGAACGUCCAAAUGCCACCCGAUUCCAAACAUUCGGGGAAUAUCACCGAAUGCAGGUACCGGGAUUACCGAAACCCCGACAAUUACGAUCUCUCCGAGCAGUUCUGGUUCAUCUUGGCCAUCCGGCUGGCUUUCGUGAUCAUCUUCGAGCACGUGGCUCUGUGCAUCAAGCUGGUGGCGGCCUGGUUCGUGCCCGACGUCCCGAAGUCGGUGAAGACCGACCUCCUGAGGGAGAAGCAGUGCGGCCUGAUGAAGAGAUUGAGCUCCAGGUGUACGGACGUGUAGCCGCCGGCCGGAGAGGCGGUGCCCGGCGGAAGCUGCGAGGCCUGAUCGUCUCUGCCGGACCCCCCCACCACCCCUGGGCUCUUCACGCCUCUCCUCGGAGAUGGGAUGUCUCUGCGCCGAAGCCCCCGGGGAAAGGAGGGAGGGUUUGGGGGAGGGUCUUCAGGAAACGCAGGCCUUCCCGGCCUGGAGGCUCGGGAACCCCCGGCCUCGGCGGGAGGGACGACGCACUGGACGUUGCUUUCGGGGCCGGGGCGAGCCGACCGGGGGGAGCGGAACCUCGCUCUGCCUUUCCUCGGUCCCGGGCGAGGGUCGGCCUCCUCGGGACCCAUUCCCACCCCCGUCCCGCCCGCCCGGCCUGCCGGCCGCCGGGCAGUAAGAACCGGUCAGCUGCUGAGGACCAAGAGGCCUUCCCCCACUACGCCCUCCUUUCCCCUCCUCCCUCUCCCUCCUGCGUCACCCUCGCGCUUGGA